CUGUGUGCCCAAAGCUACAUGAACCCGGUUACAACUUCAACCCCUGAAUUUCUUCCUGCGCACGAUCAUCUAUUAGAUCUAACUACCUAAUCGCAUCAGCCCACGUGUCCAAUCUCACCAAGGCAGUUCCACACAGAAACGCAAAAAGAAGCAGAAAGAAACUGCGAGAAAAAGAGAGAAAAAUGCGAGAAAGUUAGCGAUAACCAAUAAAAAUCAGAUAUGGGUAGCUCAGCCGCCGGAGAGGACUUCUCUGUGGUGGUUCUAGCGUCCGAUCUCGGCAUAGACGCGCGGCCGUUCUUGAACCACCAAGACAGAGAGAUUGAAGAGCAAGAGAAUUGGUACAACUGCCCUCAGAACCUUAUCUCCGACGAGGACUUCUCCGACCUCGAGCUUUUGUAGUUCUUUCGUGUCCAAGGCCAUGACAAGUUGGGAAAUCGGAUUUUCCGAAUCGUGGGAUAAUAUUUUCCUGCUCCAGUCAUGAGUGCAGAUAGGUUGAAGAGGUAUAUAUUCCACAAAUUAUGCAGUGAGCUUCCAGAAGGGCCAUACUCCAUUGUUUACAUGCAUAGUACUGUGCAAAAGGAGGAUAACUCCCCUGGCAUAAGUAUCUUGAGGUGGCUUUAUGAAUACCUUCCAUCAUAUUUGAAGGACAUGCUUCAAGUUGUGUACUUCGUUCACCCUGGUCUCCGAUCAAGACUUGUCUUUGCCACUCUUGGCAGAUUUUUCUUAACUGGAGGUUUUCUUUCUUUGCAGCCUAAUUGGAAAAUCAAGUAUGAAAGCCGCCUGCAGUACCUUUGGGAUGACAUAAAGAAGGGAGAGGUUGAGAUUCCUGAAUUUGUAAAAAAUCACGACGAUGUUCUUGAGCAUAGACCACUAACAGAAUAUGGCAUCGAACUGAACCGUCUGCCCAUGCUUGAGGUUCCGUCAACAGCCUACUCAUUUGGAAGGUAUGAGGAGAGAUGGACAUCAAGAGAGUAUGUGUCCUAAUUUGGUACUAUGUAAACGGUCCUUCCCUAGUAAUUGGGAUUCAGGCGUCAAUAAGCUCGGUUUGAGAAGUGGCUAUGAAUACAUAUGCAUGCUUUGUAUAGAAUAAUACUCUUUAGUGUUGAGUAAAUUAAAAUUGUUACUGCGUCGAGGCCUUGUUUCGUUUUAUCGGUUCUAUGUCCUAGUUAGAUUCUCCCUUCUGUGUUUGAGAGAGUUCUCCUCGUUCCUUUGUGUUUAUUUUGUACGCGGUAAUGCUCAGAUAUGUUGGCCAAGGCCUCAUCUGUAGUAAUUGUUAAUGGGUGCAUUUUGGAUUGUUCCA